AUGCCGGGGAGAUGUUCGCCCGCAUCCUCUUCAAUCAUCUCACCGGACACCUCUAGCAAGGACUCCUGCCGUAAAGCCAAUGUGAUUCCCGACGAUGCCGGGGUGCCACUGACAUGGUAUUUGCCACUCGCCAGCUGCAGGAGAAACGCUAGGAGAUGCGAACCAACCUCUACACCACCUUCUUCGGCUUGACAGGGUCUUCGACACGGUGAAUCGCGAGAGACAAUGGGGAAUCAUGCAGAAAUUCGGCUGUUCCGAGGGAUUCGCGCACAUGGUACGUCAGCUCUACGACGGGAUGAUGACGCGCGUCGCGGACGACGCAAUCUUAGGGGCAUUUGCAGCCACCAAUAGAGUGAAGCAGGGCUGCUUCUUCCCUCUUUGAUCUCAUGCUCUCUGCCAUUCUGAUAAACACCUCCCGUGAUGGGCGUCCAGGGAUACGCAUUGCCUACAGAACUGACGGGUGCCUUCUCAACAUACGGCAAAUGCAGGCCCCGACGCGUCUCUCCACAACUACUGUCUACGAUCCGCUCUUCGCUGAUGGCUCCGCACUUAACGGCUCGACCGAAAAGACAGGCACCGGAACAGUGACAUCUUCGCAUCCGGCUGCGCCCACUGCGGACGGACCAUAAAUGCGGACAAAACGGUGGUCAUGCAUCAGCAGCCAUCGAACGCUGAAUACAGUGUCUUCGCACCCGCGUCGACGGCACAAGAUUGAAGACCGUGGGUAACUUCAACCACCUAGGCAACACAAUGUCCCACUUCAUCAGCAUCGAAAACGAAGUGGCCUACCGGAUCUUCAAAGCCAGCCUAUCCUUCGACCGGCUAUAGAACUCCGUGUAGAAUCGUCACGACCUCCAGCUGAAUAACAAACUGAGGAUGUACAAUGCCGUCGUCCUGACGACACUUCUCUAUGGAGCGGGGACCUCGACCGUCUACCCCAACCUUGGCAAAAAACUCAACCACUUCCAUCUCAGCUGCCUCCGUGGAAUGCUAAAACUGAGAUAGCAAGACAGGAUCCCCGACAUGGAAGUCCUAGAACGAACGGGAAUCCUUAGCAUUCACGUCAUGCUGAGGCAACUGCAGUUACGUUGAAGUGGCCAUUUAGUCAGGGCAGAAGACACACGUCUACUGAAACAACUAUUCCAUGGCGAUUUCGCCACCAAUGGUCGCCGACCGGGAGGACCAAAACGACACUGCAAGAGCACAUUGAAGAAUACUUUUAAGGGAUUGCACAUCAGUCCAGAGACCUAGGAGGACCUCGCUCAGAACAGACCGGCCUGGAGAAGAUAAGUGAAGACCGGCGCUGACAUCUAGAAAGUAAAUCAGAUCGCCGUUGCCCAAGCCAAACGGGAGGCUAGCAAAUCACAAAUGCCUCGCCUCCUUACUGCCAAUCAUCCGUAGCUUUUAACAGGCCCGAGUCGAUCACGCGCAUUCUACGCACAAAACAGUCUCGUUGGAUACCUUCGGAUCCAAUGCGCCGUCGAACCGGCAGCGUCUACCUCUUCUCCCACUCUCGCCCUUGCCGCAAACCCCGCGCCGACAGCCACCCUCGUCACCGCCGAUUACAUUGUCGCUGUCAAGCCGCCGCCGGCAGCAUCCGCCCUGCCCAGAACUCUGAAUCGACCACAGGGGCCGACAUUACCACUAUGAUUUCAUACAUUCCCCCCACCGAUGGAAUGUCUGAUGUCCUUUUACUCUCUACCAACACAACAAACACUGCAACAUCCAGUGAUGUGGACUCGAUUAAUACCUGUUCCCAUUGCGGUCGCACCUUCCCCCGACGCAUCGGCCUGAUUGGUCACUUGCGAAUCCAUCGCACGGAGACUCAAAUGCUGGUCUUCCUUUUCUGA